AUGAGUCUGGAGUCUUCUUUUCUGAGUGAACUGUCAACCAUAUCAUCUUCAUCUUCAUCUACUACUUCUAAUACGAGUCAUAAUGGCGCAGUAUCAAACGCGAAUAUCCUUCAUCAACAUCGAUUUAAACUAGACACUUUACCAAAUGAAUUGAUCUUCAAAAUCAUCAAUUAUCUCAAUCUUGAUGGAUUGUCUGGAUUCAUCGAAGAUGAAGAUAUCCUCACCAUUAAUAAAAGUAUAUAUCAAGCUAUAGGACAUUUCAUAUCUCAAUCAAAAUUAAGCUUUAAUAAUCGAUUGAAUUAUUUUUCAUUUCAACAUAUGUAUAAAUUAACUCCUACUUAUGAAGAUAAAUCAAACUAUCAAUACAUCGCUGAUAAUGUUGAAACAGCUGUUAAAGUCUUACAUCGAUUUGAAUCAUUCAUACCCACUACAGAAUCAAUUACUAUAAGUUACUAUAUUUGGCAAUUAACCGAUUUAAUCGAAUUAUUAGAUCUUUUACCGAACUUAUCAUCUGAAUUUAAGUAUAAUCUAGAAUUAGAAUUCGAUCCCGAUAUAGAAUAUAUAUUCAAUUCAUCUAAAUUAAUCCAACAAUUACAAUCAUUACCAAGUUUAAUCUCAUUAUUGAUUUAUAACUAUAAACAAAAGUUCACUAUUGAUAUUUCAAAAUUCCCUCAUUUAAUAAGACUAUGGCUAGAUAAUUGUCAAUUAAGUGUCACUCAAUCUGAAUCCUACUUCCAUUCAACCGGUUUUGAUUUGAAAAUUGAUAUUAAUUCAAAGGAAAAAUUCAAAGGAAUUAAAUUGAACCUUCAAUCAUUUACUUUCAUUGAUCAUUUAAGUCUUGCCGGAAAUGGAAUUGAAAUGUCUUCAGCCACUACAUCUGACCUUUCAAACAUUUUAAAAACUUUACAACUUUCAAAUGUGGCCACGUUAUUCAAUUAUAAACUGAUUCAAAAUUUACAAAGUCUUUAUAUGGAAGAUCUUGUAUAUAACUCAUUCAAAUUUACUCAGGAUUUACUUGAUAAAUCACCUAAUCUACAUACUUUAUCAUUAACAGGAAAUCAUUAUGAUAUAAUGAAUCCCCUUAAUCUUGGACUGACUCAAUUAAAAGUUAUCAAAUUAACUAAAUUCGAUCCCAAUAUCAUAUCAACCAUGGUUUACCCUAAGACUUUACUUGAAUUAAAUAUCGCAAAUAAUAGUCUAACUGAUCUUACAUUCAUAAAUUCCAUCACUCAGAUUCCAUCCACUUUACGUAAAUUAAACCUUGCAGAUAAUAAUAUUCAUUGGCGUAGAUGUAUACCCUAUUUCAAACGAUUUAAUCAAUUAUUAUAUUUGAAAAUGUCAAAUACUGGGAUUCACAAAGAAUUAGAAUAUAUGGAUUUCCCUGAUUCAAUUGAAACUCUUUCAUUAGAAGUUAAUAAAAUCACCAGUAUUGAAGAUGUUGAAUUCCCUUUAAAUUUAAAAGAUUUAGGAUUAGGGUGUAAUUCAAUACGGAGGAUCACGCCGUCUCAUCUUCUUCCAAAGGGAUUACACACAUUACAUUUAACAGAGAAUCGUCUUAGAUCCAAUAUUCAUCUUCUGACUAAUGAUAGGUAUGACUUGAUGGAGUUACAAGUGUUGUAUCUUGAUAGUAAUCAGAUUAAAGGGAUUGAUUAUAUGGAUUUCCCGACUAAACUUCGAAUCUUGAAUUUAGACAGGAACCAACUUCGGAGUAUUCAAUGUAAAUUUCAAGCUAGUAUUCAAGAAUUAAGUAUUGCUGGGAAUGAUUUAAGAGAUUUUGAAAUUCGUUUUGCGAAGGAGUCAAAAUUAAAAGUAUUAGAUCUUUCAUCAAAUUAUAUUCAAGAAUUUGACAAUUCAGUCAUUCCAACAACUCUACAAAUCUUAAAAUUAAAGGAUAAUGAUAUUGGAUCGAUUUCAUUGAAAUCAUUUACAAGUUUUCCUCACUUGAAAUAUAUCGAUAUAUCUCAUAAUAAUAUGUGUCAGUUUGAUGGAAAAUUUAAUGAGAAUUUACAAACAUUAAUCAUCAAUUCAAAUAGUCUUAUAUCAUUUAAAAUCACAUUUCCAGCUGGUUCUCAGCCCAAAAUACGAAGAAUAUCAAUAAAUCAUAAUUCACUUAAAUCAAUUUCAGCAUCUAAUUUAGGAUUCUCAGGUCAAAAAGGUGUAUCUUCUCAACUUGAAGAAUUAGAUAUUUUCGAUAAUCCCCUUCUUAAAAAUAAUCUGAAAUCAUUAUCAUAUAUCAAUGAAGGAUUUUCAGGUAGCUUAUCAUCAUUAUUUGCUAAGCCAGGUUCCGAAGAUCGAUUUGGGUCAAAGUAUUCGUUAAAUAUCUUACCUAAUGCUAUUGGGGUUGAAAAGAGAAUUGAUGAUAAUUGGAAACUGUCUAAUUUAUACCUCGAUGAUGACGACGAUGAUGAUGAUAUAUAA